CCAGUCUUUAUUGUACGGCUCGCGCACCUGCUGCUUUCCAGCAACGAUCGAUCGACCACGCUGUGUGAUUUUUAGGGACGGGGUAAUUUACCAUGUGCGUUUGGCUUUUCACGUGAAAUUCAGGAAACAGGGCCGCUAUCUUCAAAUAUAUGCAUGAACAUUCGAAAGGAGAAGGAUAGAAGACUAUAUUAGUGGCUUGAACUAAAGCAGAGCGUGCAAGAUGACUCAGUAUCUACCACCUAACUUGCUGGCUUUAUUCGCCGCUCGCGAUCCUGUACCAUAUAAGCCGCCAGUCGACAAACAGAGCCACGAGAAGAAGCGAGUGCCAUACGGGGGAUUGGCACAUUUGUUGAAGGAAUUUGAGGAUCCUAAAGACACCCCACCGCCCACACGUGUUGAAACCAGAGACGAGCGAAAGGAAAGAAAGCGCAAGGAGCGGGCUGAACAACAUGCCUACAAGUUGGAACAGGACCUGGCCCUUUGGGACCCAGCCUCCACUGCACCCGGUGAAGCCUACAAGACUCUAUUUAUUGCAAGAAUCAACUAUGACACAAGCGAGUCGAAACUGAGGAGAGAGUUUGAAGUGUAUGGGCCGGUCAAGAGGAUUACAUUGAUCCAUGACCGGAGCGGUGGAAAACCACGAGGAUAUGCUUUCAUCGAGUAUGAACAUGAACGAGACAUGCAUUCUGCUUAUAAGCAUGCUGAUGGUAAGAAGAUUGACGGGCGCCGUGUACUGGUUGACGUUGAGCGAGGCCGGACUGUCAAGGGAUGGCGACCCAGGCGACUAGGUGGGGGACUAGGCGGAACCCGUAAAGGUGGGCCGGACGAGAACACGCGCUUCUCCGGACGUGAUGAGUACGCACGUGAAAGUUUCCGUGGGGAUGAGAGAGGAGUUGGUGGUGGAGGAGGAGGAGGCCGUGAGCGUUCCCGUAGCAGGGAGCGAGAACGUCGCAGCCGUGAGCGAGAACGUGAACGUCCCAGACGCCGCAGCAGGAGCCGAGAGAAGCGUCGAUCCCGCAGUCGUGAGAGGAGGAGAAGCAGGGACAGAGAUGCACCUGAUGAAGAGGAAAUGGGACGUUCCAAGGACAGGAAGCGCUCUAGACGCAGCCGUUCCCGUGAUCGUAAAAGGAGCAGGUCCCGCGACAGGAAGCGUAGUCGCCGCAGCCGCAGCAAGGAACGUCGCAGACGACGAGAAGGUGGUGAAGAUGGUUUUGACGAUGUUGUGGUCAAGACGGAGAAGGGUGACGACUACGGCUAUGGUGGCAUCAAUGGGAGUGGAAAUGUUCCUCAAGAACCGGAACAACCGGCACCCGAGGAGGCUGCACCACCACCGGACAACAAUGGGAGUUUGCCUGGCACCGAGACACAAAAAGAGCCAGAACCACCACAGGAAGAGGAUGGAUACGGAGAAUGAAGACCAUCCAAGUUUUCCAAUUUUCCUUCGUGAGACAAUAGGAACAGUCUUGACAUUUUGCACAUGUAUUUGAGUUGGUGUUCUACUGAGCUAGGUCACGUUUGUGUUGUAUGCUCUGCUAGCACUUUACCACACUCAGAAUUAACACUUCAAGCCCUGGUACAUAUACCACUGGAAUAUGUCUCAAUACUCCCACAAAUUCAAGUAUUGCAGUGACUUAAAUUUGCUCAUCUCAUGCUGUUGGUAUGUUACGUGUGUGUAUAUAGGGGGUAAAUAUUCCGUAACUUGUCGUCACAUCAACAAUCAUCACUCUUGCCAGCGUCAUUUUGCUUGAGUUUUGUGAAAUUGGAAAAUCUAAAUCGAUGAGUUUGUCAAUUUCUAUUCCAGAAUUAAAGUCUCUGCAUCCCUAAUUUGAUUUUUUCAUCAUGAUCCUAGUCGAUUGUUCUCAGCUUUGUUUUAAGGAUCGUUUACAAUGUUUUAUGUAUUGCAAUUACCAUUUUAUGUCCCUGUUUGAAAUGCCAAGCUCUAUAAAAUGGCAGUCAUUGUAGUGCUUGGAAAUAUUUUCUGUAAAUGUUUGCAAUCCUCCUGAGAAAGAGUUUAGUCUCUCAAAGCACAAACACGUUUCUUAGAACUUUGAGGCUGUGCAUCCGCAUUCCAACAGCAAAUCAUCCCAGUCAGUAAUAAAUUCAUUAGACCACCAUUGUUCAGAGAAAAGGCAUCUUUGUUAUCAUUAAUUUUAAAUUGUCAUGAAGUUCAUUUGCAAAUUUUUAAUAUGUUACGCUUUUGUGUCUUAGUAAUUGUUGUGUAGAUGAACUAAUCAGAUUACUCCUGGCAAAUGUAGUAAUUUAAUUGGACUACUUAUGGGUUGAGGAUGGUCCAGAAUUUAGAAGCUUUCUUGCAUUCAUCAGCAUCCUUUCAUUCUGGUUGCAUCUCGGUAUGAGCAGCCUCCAACCCACAUAAUCAGCUGAAUAGGAAAAGCCCAGAUGAAAAUGAUGGAUUUUAUCAUCCAGCACUCCUUCACUUGAUGAAAGAUGGGGAUCUGUGAUGCCCUUUUCAAUUUUGAAAUUUCCUAUAUAAUACUUUUGGCAUUCCUCGAGUAGCCAUGAUUGGAAAGCCAGGAUAAAGUUUCAUGUAUUUUCCUGCUCUGAUUUCUCUUCCAGCUCUGUAUUGUGGCCUGGGCACCUAUUGGUAGUUUUGGUCGUUCUACACAACUGUAAUGUUUGUCUACUGUAAUAAAAUGAACUAAAUCA